GCAGCGGAGACAGACACCGGUGACUAUCAACAGAGCUGAGACCAAUGUAAACGAUGCGGCGUCUCAUCGGUGACCAUAUAAAGGCUCGUCUCAGCGAUCGCAAACGCUGUGAACCUGCCAGAAACGCAUUCACCCUCGCACACACUGACUUGGACUCACGCUUGUGAGUGUGAUCGCGCACACACUGCUUCUCGGUGUGUGCGCCCCGUCCUCUCCCCCUCUUCUGCUGGCGCUCACUGAGGUCGACACAGGAAACAUUAACCUCUUCCUGCAUUAGCUGGUCACUCGUUUUUCACCCCCGGAGGUGCUGUUCAUCCUCAGGGUCCGAUGCUGAGGCUUAAACAGGAGGCCCUGCUGCCAUUUAGAGGCUGUCCUAUUGACCUCCACACGUCUGGCUGUUUUAAGGAUAGUAUUUGAAUAUGUUAUUUAUACUAUUUAUUGUCUUUAUUCCCCCUGUCCGGGUCCUGUGCAUCCAGACAGCCAGAGGAGGGUCCAGGCGAGGCCCCUGCCCCCACAGCCCUCCAUAAAGUCCUACCUAACAAGAACAAUCUGGAGCAGACUCUGUGGAGGGCUGGAGGGGGAGGAGAACAGUGGAGAGGCAGAAGGAGGGAUCUCAGCUCGUGCUUAACAACAUGGGUUCGUUUUUUUUUUUGUUUUUUUUUUCCAGCCUGAAAUGUGAAACUGCAGAAGUGGUGGGACCCGCGCAGCCGCCGCCACUCUCUGCUGCGCUCUCGCUCUCGUUCACUUUUUCCAGGCCGCUUGAACGCGUCCUCCGUCUGAGGCGCUUCCAACAGAGACCGUCUCCGUCUCCAGCCGCAGCGGACGAUCCUGUGGAGAACCUCUGAUCCCAAUGGCGCUCCGUCGUAUCGGACUGUGUGUGUUGCUCGGCAUCAGCUGCAGUUUGGCCAAACCCUUAAUGACCCACAGUCCCCUGGAGGGAAGCACAGAGGAGGAGGAACUCAGUCACUUCACUUCCUCCGUGUCCACCAACGACCUCGUCCCCGGGUACCGGACCACGACCGUCGGGCCCACUCACGUCCAGCCCGACUUCCUCAGUCACGCUGUGAGGUUCCUGGAGGAGAACAUGCUCCUCAUCCUCGUUUCGUCCACCUUCAUCCUUCUUCUCCUCCUCAUCAUCACUGGGGCGAUAUUCAUGAGCCGCCGGCGGAAGGUCAACGCCUACUACCCUUCCUCGUUCCCGUCGCAGAUGUACGUGGACCACAGGGACAAAACCGGAGGCGCCAAAGUCUUUGACGAGGUGCCGGAGAAACCCGAAUCCGAGCAGGAUGCCGAGCCGGUGGACUCCCACAGGCAGCUCCAGGAGGACAUCAUGAGGGCGGCCAAGAGCCUGCGCACGCCGAACAAACCUGCCGACGCCGCGGAGCGAAGUGACCACAGCCCAAAAGCAGCGGGUCAGAACCCCGAGGCCGGUUCUACGCCGGACGGCGGCGUCCAGGACCGGCGGCGGGAGUCCAGGGGAGCGGCCACGGACGGCGGCCCGACGGAUGAGCCUCGACCAGAAGCUUCAGAGCAGCUGGAUCCGGAGAGAGACACUUCACAGGAGCCUUUGAUGGGAAGGAGUCUGCGUCCCUCCUCGCUGCACCUCCACAAUGACUCGGCCACGCUUCAGCUGAUGGCAGGAGAGAAGACGGCCUUCUAGCUCCAUCACUACCGUGGCUGUGACUUGUCUUUACAGGUUGAAAAUCAAAUCUUAUCAUUAUUCAUAUUCAAAUAAUAAACAGCAACUGAAACCAGA